UUCGAACAAUUCGACACAACUAAUAUGGACAGUUCUAACCCCUAAGUAAACCGUAAAAUAUAUUGUUAACAGAAUAUAUUUUUGAUUCGCGAAUAUCAAUUAUUCAAUAUAUGUAUAUAAUAAAAUUCCGCUAUAAUAUUGGUAGCAAUUGUCGCGAUUUGCCUUUAAUUUUAAUUUGUAUGUGCUAUGGGCUAUCGGUCUAAUAAUAAUACGCAACUCAACACUAAUCAAAUAAAACAAAUAUAGUCGGUUUGACAUAUAUAUUAAAUUCUUUGAUAGAAUGUGUGUACAUAAAGAUUACAACAACAUUGAUUUGCCUUAAUAAAUAUAACUUAGCAAACGUGAAUUCGGUCAGCCAGCGAUAUUCAAGCCAUAAAAGAGCAACACUUGAUGCGGUUAAUGACACAUAUGAACAAUAGACAUAUAAAGAUUUCAUUAAUUUGGUGAACACCAUGGAUACCACAAGUACCACAGGUCGGAGGCGAAACAAUAUCUGUGCUAAUGCCGAGGAUAAUGCGCUCGACCAAAUUACAAAGGAGGCUGAGGCGCGUCUGGCAGCUCGUCGUCAAGCACGCGUAGAAGCUCGAGAAAUACGCAUGCGUGAGUUGGAGCGGCAACAAAAGGAACAAGAGCACAAUGCCGAUCGUGCCUUUGAUAUGCAAAAUAUCAGUGGCAGCGUCAUUCACGAUAUACCUCGUCUUCUAAACUUAACACGUGCAGCAGCUUCGCGACGAAGUAGUGAGGAUUCAUUGGAAGAGGAAGGCCGCAGCGUUCGUGACAUCAAACAUGAACUUAAAGAAGUCGAAGAGCGCUUUCGGAAGGCAAUGAUAACAAAUGCUCAAUUGGACAAUGAUCGCUCAUCUCAAACAUAUGAGGUUAAACUACUGAAGGAUAAAAGAGAAACGAUGCAGGAGUCUGUUGCCCAACUACAACGCGAGCUUAAAAAUAAAUUGCGAGAUUGUAAUGCGCUUAAACGAAAUUUGGACCGAACAACACUUGAAUUGAGUUUGGUCCAAGGCCAACUAAGCGAACGAGAUACGUUAAUAGCAGAGCAUGGUCUUGUUAUUGUUGCCAUUGAGAAUACGGACGGCAGUGAUGCCAAGAGGGCGUUAGUUAGUGUUGAAAACGCAAAUAUUUUGGCUACCGUUCAGGGAUCAAUUGAUGUAAGACUUAAAAAGUUUGCAGAGGAAAAGCAGCUGCUUUCAACGCAAGUACAAGUACUGCAUGAACAGUUAGAUGCUUAUAAAAGUGAAGGAAGAUCCGGUCGCUGUGGUUCGUUAAAUAACUCAUUGGGCUAUGACGAUGAUUAUGAUGUUCAAAGAGAAGCAAAUAAAGUCAUAUCAGAUUAUAAAUAUAAACUGCAAAAAGCUGAGCAGGAAAUUGCUAAUCUGCAAGCAAGUUUGUCACGUUCGGAGUCGCAGGUCAUCCGCUACAAAAGUACAGCCGAAGCAGCGGAGAAAGUUGAAGCAGAAUUAAAAGUGGAACGACGAAAACUGCAAAGAGAGCAUCGCGAGAUUCUAGAGCGUCUGGAAGAAGCAGAAACUGCAAACAACCAUCUUCUGAAGCGGCUCGAUAAACUAAAAAAUGCAAAAAGUACGAUCCUGAAGGAUUUAUGACCGACGAUGACAAAGAACCCAGUAACCGAAGAAAGAACAACGAUUCUUCCGUAACAAGCUAAAAGAAAACCUUUGAUGUCAGCAUAAACCAGAAUAAUUGCACAAAUAAUACAUUUUUACAACAGUCAUGUCCAAAAUAAUAAUCUGAAUAGCAAAAUAUUAAAAAUUCACAGAAAUAAACUAUUAUUC